AUGCUGUCCCUUAAAGGUCUCCUGAACCCAGCACCAGCUGGAGAUAAUGAUUCCCCCUUUCCUCGACCAAGUCUUGCGCUCGAGUUUCCACCAAUCCCGAACUUCGAAGAAGCAUCAAAUCAAUUUGCGAACCGUUUUAUGAUGGCUUCUGAUAGAUCUGGGCCGAAAGAGGCUAACAAUAUGGCCAAGUCGAAGCUGCGCGGUCCAGUCAAGUUUCACCCUUUCGAGCGUCUCGACGAGAUUACUUUGCAAGAGAUACACCGAUUCCGAGUCAAGCCAUUCGGGAAUAUCCAGGAUUCAAGCCUCCACAUCCCAUACAACAGUGGCAAAAAGGACUUUUACGAAAAGACAGGACGAGAGAGCUUCGAGGUUUUCAAAUACGAGUUCACAUUGGCUGAACAGAACACUGAGUACGCUGUGAUGUGGGACUAUAAUGUCGGGCUCGUUCGCAUGACCCCUUUCUUCAAAUGUCGCGGCUACGGAAAGGCAACUGCUCAAGGUUAUUGGAUGCCAUACACAUGUGCCAGAGCUGUCUGCGCGACCUUCUGUUACUCUAUCGCGGGUGCCUUGAUCCCAAUCUUUGGCCCAGACUUUCCAUCUCUCUGCAUUCAUCCCAGCGCGCCUGACUUCGGCCGCAUGGUCAUCAGCCAGCAAAUAAUCAUCGAAGCUACCCAUGAAGCCGAAAUGACUCGGCGUAUGCAUAUGAGUACGAUCCCACCUAGCUUCCACUGCGCUACGAGCUAUCCGAGAGACGAUCGAAGUAUUCCAUCUGGCAUUUACGCCCAAGACGAGCGCCGCCAUCGAUUCCGACCCCGUCUGUUCUGUGAUCCUUCGUGGGCCAUGGAUAGCGACGUCGAAUGCCAUUACAUGUCAGCUCCCAACUCAGCCUCGAGUAGCGGCUCGGGACUCCCUGGUUAUAUGGUGACUUCUCGUCCGGGAUCUAGCUGGACCGUUGCGAACCAGUCUAGCCCUGAGCCUAAUCCCUUGCUCAGUGCGGUCCCUCGCAUCCCACCUCUGCAGAAUGAAGGCGCUCUCUCGUCUGCGCCAUGGGGACCUAAGAGACGACUGGAAUACGAAGACUGGGACAGCUUUUACAGAGAGAGUGCCAGUCCCGCCAUGAGCCCGAGAUCUAUUCUUAUGGUUUCGACCCCUGACGCUAGUCCUAUGAGGCAACGAGUGAUCAAGACGCCACACAGCGUACCUGAUGCGGCCCAGAAGGACGCAGCUAUGCUUCUCUUGAACCUCAGGAUGCAGGACCAGGCGCCCGCUGCUCCCAACGCCGUCGAGUCGCCGCCUCCCGUUCAAUUGCAGCCUGGGUUCGAGGAAGGACGCCGCAACAAGAGACUGCGAGCCACUUCGUUGUCCAAGUAA